AUGGCUACCACCAAGACCGACGCCGAGACUCCCAAGGCCGGUGGCCCCAAGAAGUGGGAUGGCAACGCCGAGCGUGAUCUCUGCCUCGCCGUGCUCAUGGCCACCGGCGAAAGCGCCAAAGAUUGGAACAACAUCCACAGAGUCAUGACCGCUCUCGGAUAUGACUUUACCAAGGACGCCAUGAAUCAGCGAUGGAGCAAGACCAUCUGGAAGGAGUUCAAGAGCCGCCACCCGGAUGAGCUUUUCGGAUCACUCUCCCCCAAGAAGACGCCCAACAAGCGCAAGAAGGCCGCCGACGCCGCCCCAGCUGCCGAUGAGGCUGCGGCUCCCGCCGGCGACGAGGCCUCUCCCGUCGUCACACCCGUCUCGACUCCUCCCGACACCCCGACACCCGCCACCAAACGCAGCAAGCGCACACCGGCCAAGCCCAAAGCCACCGGCACCACCCCUGCCAAGCCCCGCGGCCGCAAGCCCAAGUCGGUCGCGGUCGUCAAGUCCGAGGACGACGACGACGAGCAGCUCGCCAAUGCCAAGACCGAGGACGCGGAGCAGGACCAGCUCAGCCCUACCAAGAAGCCCAAGGUCGAGCCGGAGGAAGAGGAUACCGAGAUGGCGGACGAGGUCUAA